CCCUCAGUAACGGGACUCUCUCCUCCAAGCCCCUGGUAUCACGUGCUUCUCUCCUGCUUACCUUCUUCCGGCGGAGCAGACCCCACGCUGCCGUAGUUAUCUUUAGGGUUUAGGUUUAGGGUUUGGAGGCCGCUCCCGGCCAAGCAAUGAUGUACGGGGAGCAGCAGCCGGGCGGGGAUUUCCCCAGAGGGCCGCCCAUGCGCCAGCCCUCGGCGUCUUCCACUAAUCUCGCUCCCGAGUACCCCCACCCUCCGCCUCCCUACGAAGCCCAUGGAGACAGUUUUGCUGCUAAAAGAAUGCGAAAGCUUGUUCAACGGCGAGCAGUGGACUACACCAGCACAGUUGUUCGAUAUAUGCAGGUUCGUAUGUGGCAGCGGGAUGUAAGGGACAGAACUGUGUUGCAACCAACUCCAGCUGCAGUCCUGGAUAUGUUACCAACAGUUGCAUAUGCUGAUAAUCCAUCAACAAGCUUUGCUGCAAAAUUUGUUCAUGCCUCUACGAACAAAAACAGAUGUUCAAUUAAUCGCGUGUUGUGGACCCCUACAGGGCGGCGUCUUAUAACUGGGUCACAAAGUGGUGAAUUUACUCUUUGGAAUGGACAGUCUUUUAACUUUGAAAUGAUUCUUCAGGCUCAUGAUAAUGCUAUUAGGUCCAUGGUUUGGAGUCACAACGAGAAUUGGAUGGUCAGUGGUGAUGAUGGGGGUUCAAUUAAGUAUUGGCAAAAUAACAUGAACAAUGUCAAGGCAAAUAAAUCUGCUCAUAAAGAAUCAGUCCGGGACUUAAGUUUUUCUAGAACAGAUUUAAAAUUCUGUUCCUGCUCUGAUGACACUACUGUAAAGGUCUGGGAUUUUGCAAGGUGCCAAGAGGAGAGAUCCUUAACUGGCCAUGGUUGGGAUGUCAAGAGUGUUGAUUGGCACCCAACAAAAUCUCUACUGGUUUCAGGUGGCAAAGACAAUCUUGUGAAACUAUGGGAUUCAAAAACAGGAAGAGAACUCUGUUCAUUCCAUGGUCACAAAAAUACUGUACUUUGUGUCAAAUGGAAUCAAAAUGGCAACUGGGUGCUGACUGCUUCUAAAGAUCAGAUAAUUAAGCUUUAUGAUAUUAGAUCCAUGAAAGAGCUUGAAUCAUUUCGUGGACAUAGCAAGGAUGUGACUGCUCUGGCAUGGCAUCCAUUUCACGAAGAAUACUUUGUCAGUGGGAGUUUUGAUGGAUCCAUCUUUCAUUGGCUUGUUGGGCAUGAAACUCCUCAGAUUGAAAUUCCUGGGGCACAUGAUAACAGUGUUUGGGAUCUAGCUUGGCAUCCCAUUGGCUAUUUACUUUGCAGUGGUAGCAAUGAUCACACAACAAAGUUUUGGUGCAGAAACAGGCCUGGAGAUACCAGUCGAGAUAAAUAUACAAUUGGUCAUGGUGAUCAAAAUGCUAUCCUUGCUGGUCGUACAGCGAGCGGUUUUCCAGUUCCAGAGCCUCCACCGACUCCAGGACCAUUUGCUGCUGGGUUGUCGCGAAAUGAAGGAACUAUUCCAGGUAUUGGAGUUGCAAUGCCACUAUCUGUUCCAUCUCUUGAUGGGUCAGAUCAGGGAGAGCAGAGGCAGCCUAUUCCGGGUAUUCUUCCUAGCGGCGCACCUCCUCUUCCACCAGGUCCCCAUCCAUCUCUUUUGGCUUCUGGGCAGCAGCAAGCAUUUCAGCAAAUUCCCCUGCAAGCCCCACCUCAACAGCAACAAAUGCCAUUUUCACAGCAAAUGGUUUCACUGCCACUUCCUCCGCCGAACCUGCCUCAGCUACAGCCGCCAUCACAUUUGCCACUUCUUCAGCAUCCUCAUGGACCUCGCCCUCCACCUCUGCAGCUGCCACCUCUUGGAUCCAUCUCCUCGUCAAUGCCUGGUUCCAUGCCCCUGCCUUCGUCAAUGGCUCCAUCAUUGCCCCUACCUUUGCCUAAUCCAAUGGUGAUGCAAGGUUCAGGAAAUCAGAUGCUCUCUCCAAUGCCACAAGGAAGCAUGAUGGGCCUUAAUCAGAUGCACUCAGGGCCUGUUAACGCCAGCAAUAUUCCUCCCGUUGGGGGUUUUUCAAAUGGGAUAACAAAUAUUCAGGGUGCAACGAAUGCAGCUGGACUACAAAAUUUUCCAGUGGGUGGCAUGUUUAACCGGCCACAAGGUGGGCAAAUAGGACCAAUUCCAGGAUUAAAUGCUUACCAGCCUGGAAUGAUGGAUGUUCGGGUCCCUGGCAUGGCUCUAGGAGGCAAUAUGGGGCUUCCCCCACCACCACCACCACCACUUCCUCAUGGUUCAGCACCCCAAUAGCUCCUCUGCGGAUACUGUUUAGCUGUCAGCUAGGAGGGUAAAAUGGAUUCGUUAGGAACAUCUUAUGCAUAUAAGACUGGAAUUCUUGAUUGGGACUGUAGAGUUUGUUGCUGUAAAAUUUUAUUUUAAGUUAAAGAUCUAUAAUAUUAUCAAAAUUGUAGAUCAUCUCUUAUAGCUAAAAGUUUGAAACAUUUAAUGUUGGUCCACCGAUACAAUCUUAAAGAGCUGACCAUUCUUUUCA